GAUGCAGAUGUACACAGACUGGAUGAGGCUCGAAUGUCUCUCUCUGUAUCUGUCUGUCUGUCUGCACAGCCUCCUCACGACUGACCCCGCCAGAGAAAUGCAGAGCACAGUAUCAUUAGGAGAAUUGGUUUGGGGCGGCGCAUGGCAAACAGAGCGCGUCCGCCACUGCAGGGAUCAAAUCUGUGCCAUCUGACGCUCAAGGAUUUAUGGGUUUAGUCGAAAUUGCUUUUCCCAGUGUGGAGAUUAAGCCGUGUGUGAUGUUGACAGCACAGACCUCCAUGUUGGUUCAGGCUGCAGCACUGAAGAACCGAUGUCCGCAGGCGAAGCGCUGAGGCUGGCUGGGCUUGCAGAGCGCUGGGAAUGUGAGCGUUGAGUAUGUGCAGCAUGCAGCUGGAUACUGUGCUCGUGUUCAUCUGCGUCUGUCAGCUGGGCGCCGCCGGGAGAUCGGCCCACAAAAGAGGUCACAAACUGGAGACCUACAAGCAAAGCAGAUUACGGAGAGAAACAACACGAGUGGAUGGAGGAAGCCACAAGUCUGGCAGCCCGAUCUUCAGAAGAAGUCCAGACAUGACAAAGUCUCCUAUGACCAAAUCAGAGCAGCUGUUGAGGAUAGAUGACCAUGAUUUUACAAUGAGACCAGCGUUUGGAGGACCUCCAAUUCCAGUAGGUGUGGAUGUUCAGGUUGAAAGUCUCGACACUAUCUCUGAGGUUGAUAUGGAUUUUACAAUGACACUGUAUUUGAGGCAUUACUGGAAAGAUGAGCGCUUAUCUUUUCCAAGCACCAACAAUCAAAGCAUGACAUUUGACAGCCGGCUGGUGAAGAAGAUUUGGGUGCCCGACAUGUUCUUUGUUCAUUCCAAAAGAUCUUUCAUCCAUGACACAACGACAGACAAUGUGAUGUUACGAGUGUAUCCAGAUGGCAACGUCCUCUACAGUCUGAGAGUGACCGUCACUGCAAUGUGUAACAUGGACCUGAGUCGAUUUCCACUGGACACACAGACAUGCUCACUAGAGAUCGAGAGCUAUGCGUACACUGACGAUGACCUCAUGCUUUACUGGAAAAAGGGCAACGAGUCACUGAACACCGAUGACAGGAUUUCUCUGUCUCAGUUUCUCAUCCAGAAGUUCCACACCACAACUAAGCUUGCUUUCUACAGCAGCACAGGCUGGUAUAAUCGGCUCUACAUUCACUUCACUCUUCGUCGACACAUCUUCUUCUUCCUGCUGCAAACGUACUUCCCGGCAACGCUGAUGGUCAUGCUGUCCUGGGUGUCGUUCUGGAUCGACCGCAGAGCUGUGCCUGCGAGAGUUCCUCUUGGCAUCACAACAGUUCUUACGAUGUCCACCAUCAUCACCGGAGUCAACGCCUCCAUGCCCAGAGUCUCCUACAUCAAAGCUGUGGACAUUUACCUGUGGGUCAGCUUCGUCUUCGUCUUCCUCUCUGUUAUCGAGUACGCAGCCGUCAAUUACCUGACCACCGUACAGGAGCGCAGAGAGAGGAAACUCAGGAAUCAAUUGCCUUGCACAUGUGGAAUAGCAAACCCAGAUGAGGACAUGAUGAUGACCACAUGCUACAGCGACGUGGAUCCCAACACAACGGGGACUUACGGGAUGCCUGAGAACGGCGGGAGGCAGGAGAGGAUCCUGGCCCAGCUGACCCUCGCCGACGGUCAGAGUCAAAGUCGGGUCAAAACCUCACGGGGAUACGUCAACAUCUGGAUAGACACUCAUGCCAUAGACAAGUACUCACGAGUGAUCUUUCCCGGUGCGUACACCCUCUUUAACAUCAUCUACUGGUCCAUCUACUCCUAACUGGAUCAGUCCAAUCAAGCGGCUCCGAGAACGACUGUGACUGUGUCUCUCUGCCUUCUUGAUCCAGUAUUUUGAACUCUUCGCUUUUUUUGUGUGUUGUAUGUUUUUGUUAUUUUACGACAGUAACUUUUUGAGGAUAUAUUUGUUCAAAUAAUCUGUUAUUCUUCACAAAUAAAAAAAAGAAGGAAAUG